ACCUGUCUCUAAUUUAAGUUGGUGUAUCUUACAAAGUUAUUUGACCAUUUUCUACUGGUUUUAUUAUCUCGGACAUAAUUAAGUUCAAUUUUUCUAUUAUAAAAAGUUAAAAAAAUCAACUAUAAAUAUGUCUUAUGAAAGUCAGGAAAAAAAUCAGACUAAUUCUUCUGCUGUCCAAACGGAUGAUCACCUACGUAAAAUGUUUCUAGGUGGCUUAACGCCUAAUACAAAUGAAGAUAUGAUUCGAAACUUUUUCUAUCAGUUUGGUGAAAUAGAAGAUAUAAUUAUUAUGCGGGAUACAGCGACAAAGCGCUCAAGAGGUUUUGGAUUUAUAACGUUCAAAUCUUCUGAAAGUGUUGAUAAGGCCCAAGCAGCUAGGCCACAUGUUGUUGAUGGAAGAACGAUUGAUACAAAACGGGCACUACCACGUUCCGCAGAAGCUGCAAAAAAUGAGGCUAAUGGUUCUGUAAGAAAAGUCUUUGUUGGAGGUCUAAAAGAUUACCAUGACGAAGAAGCUCUUCGAGAGUAUUUCCAACAAUUUGGUAAAGUUGUAUCAAUAAACAUUCUUGUCGACAAAAACACCGGGCGUAAGAGGGGGUUCGCUUUCGUAGAAUUUGAUGAUUAUGAUGCUGUGGAUAAGGUUGUGCUAAGGAAAACCCAUACUAUUAAGUACAUGUUGGUAGAUGUGAAGAAAUCAAACUAUAAACAGGUACAGGCAAGAAGAUUGGCACUUCAACAGCAACAACAAAACGGCAAUGGAACAGUUCCAGCUCCAGUUGGAGAUCCUGCAGCUGUCGGAACAUAUCCCCCCUCAACCUAUCCUCAAACAGCUUAUAGUUAUCCGCCUCCACCACAAACGUAUGCAAAUUGGGGCUAUCCUCCUGCACCAACGGCAAACAGUUCAUAUACUCAACCACCUGCAGGAUAUGGUGCCUAUGCGCCUCCUCCAGUACAAGCAGCUGCCCCACAACAGUCAUGGAACGGAUAUGCUACUGCUCCUACUUCGUGGAGUCAAGGAAACUACAGUGCUCCAACUACUAAUACGUGGAAUGGUACUCCAGCACCACCCGCCCCAAUAAACUAUAAUACACCGCCCGCCACAAAUGGCUGGAAUUCAGCAACACCGGCAGCAAUACCUCCUACUACACAACAAUUUGGCAAUUAUCAGCAAUCCUAUAAUGGUGGCCCCCAAAAAAACAAUAGUUUGCAAGGGAAUCGUAUGAAUCCGUAUACUGUUUAAAUCAUGCUCAAACAUAUGAUUGAUUGUGGAAAUGCUUUCAUGCAUUCUAAAUACAUGUGAAGGCUAAAUAUAUAUGUGAUAUAAAUAUCUGUGAUAAUGGAGUACUGUAUCGAUGUAAGUAACGUUACAUUAUUUGUUUUUUAUAUUUUACAGCAACAUUUCUAAUAAAAAUACUCCAUAAUUAUAAAAAGAAAAUUAUGAGUUGUUUUCAUUGCGAAAAGGGUGACAUAAUUGAGCAAUAUGAGGUCCUGUUUCGACUCCAGAGGUUAGAGGUUCUGUAAAAAAUGAUUAUCACGAGAUCUGAAAACAUAAUUUACAAAGAAGAGGGAGAUUGAAAUAAAAAGCAGCAAAAAAUGAAAAUGAAACCCCUUCACUUAUAACGUUGUAAGGCACUGUAAAUUUGAUAGAGAUAUUGUAUUGUAUAUCUGCAGAGGAAAAGAAAAUGUUUGGUUAUGUGGGAGAAAUCUAAAUUUUGUCAAGCCCUACGCGUGUUGUAUAUAAAUCUGCAAAGAACGUUUUUUUAUGGAUUUCGAAAUCAGAAGUGAUUUAUAAACUAGAAAAUAUCGAAAGGAAGAGACUUUUUUACCUCUCUAUUAAGGGAACAUUCUAAAAACCUAACAAGAAUCCAAGAACUGAGUCAUGAAAUCCCUGAACAUAGAAGACAACAUUGAUAAGGGUGUUAGUGACUUUGUCAGCACCCUUUGCAGUCGCUUCAUAAAACCACUAAAUCAUCUUAUAACAAAGAGAGUAGGACAGAGCAAAACUUCAACAUGUAUGAUUUUCUAAAAUACGUUAAGGGAAUUCUUUAGCGCAUUUCGGUGCUGCAAUGGGAAACAGCCUAACAUAAAAAGAGAAGUUAAGUCAAUUGAUUUCAUUUUUUUUUGAUUGACACUUAUUAAUGCUAAGAAUUCCUGAAGAAAAACAUAUAAAAGCGGGCUUAAUGUACUCAUUAUCUGCAAAAACUACACAUGUAAGAACUAUGUUUUCGAUGGAGGCAUGCCUAAAAACCGGAAGUGAAAACCUACGAAUGUGACAACUUAGUUAUCAUAAUAAGGGUUAAGAAAACACUUCUCCAGCAGUUUUGAACGUGACGCCGGCGGAACUCGCCAUCGCAUGUCAGACCAUGCGAAGCUACGUAUAGUGGAAAACUCCCUGGUCUCAACCCAUUGCUUUUGCAACACGAAAAUUUGAUAACACGAGGAUCGUUAUUUCUAACAGAGUAAUUUCGCCUCUGGCUGAUCUGAUUUUUACAAGUUGGUGUAUCGUUUUGGCGUCAGGGUUUUUAGCUAUCAUAAAGACUGGAGAACUAGUUCAAGCCUGGGUGCAGAGAUCACUUAACCGGAAAGAAUAUAAAAUCAAGACCGACGUCGUUCUAAAUUGCAAAAGUCACUACUGUGUCUAUGUGGUAUAAAAUUAAUUAGAAAGCCGAUAAACUGACUGGGAAAGGCUAAGUCUGCGGACAAAGCCGUCACCCUUUUGUUGCCCCCGCCUUAACUAGUAUUUCAUAAUCCCCGCUCAAAUAAAAGAAAACGCGUUUACAAUUUGGCUUAUUGUUUUUAUUCGUUUCGCUUUUCAUGAAUUAUUUUUUUUUUAGAAUAUUUCAAUCUUACUCCAUCUGUAAUUUUAAAAAAUACGAAUGCAGAUAUAUUAUUUAAAGUAAAUUUAUUAAAAUUAUGACAAACUAUACAGAAACGAAGUAUGGAGUACUUUUUAAAACAGAAGAGUUUUCCAGAUAGAUUAGUUUUAAAAAUUAAAUUCUAAGGUAAUGUUUUUUUUAUUAUUUCAGUUUUGAACUUUAAAUUCUUGUGUUUUAGUUUUUAUUAAAAAUUGUUUUUUUCUGUUACCAACCUGCUGUGUUUUUCAUUUCAUUUUUUUAUUAUUUAAAGUAAAUCUAAGAAUUUGUCGUACUCUUAUUUUUUUUUUUCAUUGAUUUAAAUAAAAAAAAAUAUGUUUUUAUUUAGUGAAUUGGGAUUUUAUUUCUUAAAUAUUUCUUUUAUAUAUAGUAGAUUUUCUUAAGCUUACAUUAAAUAUUAUUUUUUAUCAUUGUUGUUUUAAAUUUUCAUUUUUUUAUUAAAUGAACUACAUUCUUGAGUGGUGGUAGCUUGAAAAAACAGACUUUAAAAUUGAACAAAAAAAUAUUGAGAAACAAUGUCUAAGUUUUAAGAACUUGACUGUGUUUUUAUAAAAUUAAUGUUUUGGGUUUUAUAAUUUCUUGUAACGCAUGAGCAGGAUUUUUCUGUAAAACAUGAUUUAAAACUUAUGAUGGAAAUCGUAAUUAAACAUUUAAGAAAAUUCACCAGUUUCAUUAAAAAGUUACACGGGCGAAACAAAAUAACUGUUUCAAAAUUUAGGGGAUAACGAAGUGUGUAUUGAAAAAAGAAAAUAUGAAUAAAUUUUAAAAAAUUGUGAAAUGUUGUGAUUAUACCUUGAGAGAAAUGACACUGAAUCAUACAAAUGUUAUAACAUGCACUUUAACCUUAUUUUGGUUAUUAUAUUUUUGUAUCGCUGUGAUUAUGAAAUACCAAAAAGGCUGUAAUCAUGCAUUGCCACUGGUAGAUAUGACUCAUAAGACAGAAAUAAGUAACUAUUAUUAUUAUUGGAGAAAAAAAGUUCAAAUUGGCUUAUUAAACAAACCUUCCGUAUUGGGCCACGUAUGUAAGUAACUAUUAAUUCAGAAUAAGGUGGACUAUAGGUUAGGUUCUUCGUAACCGCUCCACUCGAAGACCUGCAUGUCCAUUGUGUUCACCCUGACAGGAAAUUUGACUAGGUGGACUAUAAGUAUUUGGCGAACUAAUUAAAACUGCAAUUGCUUUAUGGUACCCAUGCCUCAUUUCUUAAUAGCAUAUAACUGAUAGAAUAUAUGACAACAGUUUUGGUUUACAUCUACCUGACAUUGAUUUGCUUUAAGCGGCAUAUAGUGCAUUAAGAGUUGUAUAUUUUCUUGCACCAGCUGAGUAAAAAACCGCAUCGCCUUCGUAAGUUUAGAAUUUUUUGUACUCAAUGUAUUUGCUCUCAAUCGAUAUGAUCAUUUCUCCUCCUUAUGAAUCUUUUUCUUGGUAGUAAAUAUUUAAAAGCAUACCGUGUAUUCAAUUUAUUUGCGUUCGGUAGAUUUGUAACUCACAAAUCUAGUUCCUCGCUUCACCCCAUUAUUGGCGGAUUCCUUCCCUGUUAGUGUGAUUCAGUAAGUAGUUACAAAAAAAGAAAGAUUUGUUUCUAUUAUGUUCAUGUUUUUUAUGAUUGCACUGAAUUGACAGAAUUUAACAUUACAAUGCUGGUUCAUAAAAUAGUCACUAUCGUUUAUUACAUGAGUUGUCAUUUCUUGAAGCAGUCUUGUGCGCAUGGGCAUGGGUUCCAUUAAAAAAGAAUAAAUUAUGAAAAAACAAAUGCUACACCAAAAUGUUGAGUCAAGUCGAUUUUUCAUUUAUCUUAGACUUAAAAGAAAAUCGAAAAAGCGGUAGAUAGGCGAAGUUCUGAGAAAAUAUUCAUUAUCAUUAUCCUAUUUAGACAAGUCUACAUGAAUUUUUCAUGUCCGUAUAUUGAAAAAGAAUCUGACUGGUGUUAUGACAACUUCCUUUGUUUUUCUCGACUAUCAUCCUUACUUCUGCCACUUGUAUUCAUUGUUUCCCAUGUGUCCAUGUUUGUAUAUGCAUUCAUAAAUCAUUUAUAUAUUUUUGUAUUUACUAAGUAUAUGUGGAUUUUUAAUAUUUUUUCCAUUGAAACAAUAUUUUCGGAAAAUGAAAAUUAUCGGAAAUCGAAAUUAACACAAAGUAAGAACACCUGUAUAGCAUUAGUUAUUUAUUGAUUUGCAACCUGGAAACCAAUUCACAAGCAACAUGAGCGGAAUAACUGCGAAUAAUGUUAACAAACUACCUUUUGCAUUAUCAACAUAUUGGAAAUAAUUAGUCAUUACGUAGAAUCUAGAAUGCGAGUAAAAUUACUUUCCUCCAUAACAAAUAUUGAGUAUAUUCGCCAUUUUUUUAUUGAUUUGCAACGUUUAAAAACGUGUACGUGUCCGACUACAAAUCUGAAGGUUGCAAGUUGAUUGCCGAUAGCGGACAAAAUAUAAAAAUGGAAUGUUUGAUGUUACGCAGCAAAGUACCUAUCAAUAUUUUCACCAAAUAUGCCUGAUGAGCCGCUUAGCCAUCGGCGAAACGCGUCGCAUAGUGGUGAGUGUGUGAUAGCAUAUAUCUGACUUUCCUUUUCACUGCAAAUUUAAGAUCAUGAGCUCGUCUCGAAAAAAGAAUAAACAAAAAAAAAAAAAAAAAAAAAAAAAA